CUCCUGCAGUUUUAUCGAUUUGGUAUUUCUCCUGUAGUUCUGGAAGCUCGUCAUUGCAAUUCAUCAUUCAAGUUGUUAGAGAAUAAGGAGCAUGAUUGUAAUUAUGAUUAUGACAACUUCCUGACAUUGUUUUUCUUUGAAGCUAGCAUCUUAUCAACAGAGCAA